AUGUCUGCCAGAGCGGUGGCGCCAGCCGUAUCGGCGGCGGCCAAGACAGUGACGAGGACGCCGUCGGGUGCAUUUUCGAGGGAGCUGAGUGGCAUAGUUGUCUCGUCGGGGCUGGCACCAAAAACGGUCAAGGUGCAGGUGGCAAAGGAGGUGUGGAACAAGAAGGUCAAAAAGAACUUCCAACACUUCGAGCGGUACCUGGUCCACGACCCAAGGGACUCCCUGCGGACGGGCGACAUUGUGAGCAUAAGCUCGGGCUGGCGGACGUCCAAGACCAAGAGGCACAUCGUCAACCGGAUAAUAGCCCCUUGGGGUCCGCCUAUUGACCAGAGGCCCGCCGUGCCCACGCCCGAGGAGAGGGAGGCCGCCCAUGCCGCCGAGCGCGCCAAGAAGAACGCGCGCAAGCAGCUGCGCGCGCAGGCCGAGGCCAUGGAGAGGGCCGUGGAAAAGGCCCACAGGACGACCGAGGAGCUCGCGCGCCGCGGCGGGGAUCUGGGGUAUCGCGCGCCGUGA